AUGAGUAUCCAAGUAGCCAAGUACAUUGACCUGAUCUUAGCGACAAAGGGACAUCCCAAACCGCUCAUUAUUGGCAUCAGCGGGCCACAGGGCUCGGGAAAGUCUUACAUGGUUUCCCACCUCCUAGAUCACUAUCAGCAGACACAUCCUGGUUUGGUGGUGGCCGGGUUCCUGGUUGACGACUUCUACCUUUCCCGGGCUAAACAGCUGGAAGUGACGGAGGCAGCAAAGAGAGAAGGUAAUUCUGUUCUUCAGGGCCGAGGAUUGCCUGGAACGCAUGAUGUGCCGCUUCUAGAAGAGGUGUUCAGGAAACUCAAGAACCAACAGCCUGUUUCUAUUCCAAAGUACGAUAAAAGUGCUUUCAGUGGGGCUGGAGAUAGGGAGCCAGAGGAUAAGUGGCAGAAGUUUGAUAAACCUGUUGAUUUGGUGAUCAUGGAAGGCUGGUUUAAUGGGUACAGGGCAAUGGAGGAUGGUAUGUUCUCCACGGCUUACUUUGGCAAUUGGCCUACGAGUAUUGUCCAGAAACACAAGCUUUAUCAUCUUCAGGAGGUCAACAAACAGCUUGCCAAGUUUCAUCCUGUUUGGGACGCUUUUGACUAUUUUGUGUUUAUCGAUACAGACUCUACAGAUAGUGUUUAUGACUGGCGCCAGGAACAGGAGGAUGAUUUGAUUGCCAGGACUGGCUCAGGAAUGACAAAUGGCCAGGUGAAGGCGUUUGUGGAUAGGUACAUGCCCAUGUACGUGUUGUACUAUUGGAGGUUGUGUCGUGGGGGAACGCUUACGAGAGGUAAGAACCUUCGAGUGAAAAUUAACAAGAAGAGGGAAGUUCUUGGAAUCGAGGUAGUCUAG